AUGUCUGACAACGCGUACCGGCGGAAUGUCCAGCGCAGCGACUCGUCGCUGCGGACUGGCUACGACGAGGACUACUACCGGAGCCAGAGCGGCCGAGGCGGUCAAAACAGCGGCCGGAGCCAACAAUCGCCGACGAUCAGCUUUAAGGCCCUGAAGAACACGUCGAUCAGUUGCGCGAAGUCGCUCACCAGCAAGAUGAUCGCAAUGACCAGCAGCGGCAUCCAGGCGGCAUCCACUGCGAUCAACAACUACAAGGAAACGGCGGCGGCGAACGCCCGCAAGGCUGCUUUGGCCAACCCGUACUCGUUCCUGCGCAUCGCCGAGAGGAUUUCGACUACGAAUGAUCCCGUGGCAUCGCACCGUGAACUCGUCGCGGUGAUGGAGCAUCUGCUCAUCUGGCAGAAUCCGCCGAUCCAGCUCAACCUGGAGCGCGACCGCUUCGGCCAGCCGACUACGGAGAGCAUGCGCAGCAUCAGACUCAUAAACGAGUUUUUGCUGGGGAAGGUGCUGACUUACGUCCAGGGGCGCCGCGAUUGCUGCCUGUUCAUCAUCAAGUUCGCGACGUGGCGGAUGCGCACCACCCAUAUAGCCGAGGAGAUACUGCUCUCCCUGGAGCUUCUGCAGCGCUGCAUGGAGUCGUACGGAUCCUUCUUCCUCUCUCUGAUGACGAGGUCGUGCAUGCGCCGCUUCCGCCGGCUGUUGAAGAUGAACAAGAUCACCACCUCUCUGGCGGGUGGAGUAAAGAAGCAGCUGACGAAGUUCCUCGUCGGCUCAUCCAACGUGCACCCGGGGGUGCCGACUGACGUACGCAUUCAUGUGAUUAAGGCCAAGGUGCUCUACAUGGUCCAGCUAUGGCACGACGUGUUCAUGCUUGACCAGGGGUUGUUCCCCGUGUUUUUCCAGGGCUAUCGGGAGAUGCGCGAGCGCGGCAUCAAAUUCCCCCAGAUCGAAGUAUGUGAGCGCAACAAGAUCAAUCUAUGCCCCGUUAUGCGGAGGUCGAAAUUCGAGCUCAGCGGCGGCGUAAAGCUGCCGCUGAGUCCACAGGAAUUGGACAGUAUCUUGGCUACUGUGAAUAGCCUUAACACUCUGCCUCCCGGCUGCGAGCAUGCAGCCGCGUUGAGGCGUCUGAAGGACAGCAAGGAUAAGAUUGUUGCUAGCAUCAACAUCCUUGCUGAGAACCGUGCGCAGAUCACCGACUCGCACAACUACGAGGAGGUGAUGCGCAAGAUGUUGAUGCUGAACGACUGCGUGGGCGUACACCUGCUCGUCGGCGGUACGGGGAAGUCAUCUAGCACGCAGCUUCUGAGCGCGCUUGAGCAGUUGAGACAACCAACGACACCGGAACCCGCACCCCAACCGGCCCCUCAGGAAGAACCCAAGACCAACCUGUUGGACCUCGAGUCCUCGUCUGAAUCGGAAAACGAGAACGAGGCAUUUGACAACUUCUUUGACGACAAGUCUGGUGGCGCAUCUAAGAAGACCGACGAUGACUAUGACAAGUUCUUCGCUGACUUUGGUGUUUUCAACAAAUCAACGGCUACAUCGAGAGCACCGAGGGAACAGCCCUCACAGUCUUCGGCUGCUGAGCGCCCUAGGGACUAUUUCUCAGAUUUGGGUGCUUUGAGCUUUGGGCAGACAUCUGAUAGCAAGUCCUCGCAUAGCGAGCCUGCUUUUUCUGACCCCUUUGCAAAGACCACACCCAGUGUGGCCGCCCCUUCUGACCCUUUCGCCACUACAAACACCAGCGUCUCUGCGCCGUCGGACACCUUCGCAACUGGAUCGCCUAUAGUGAACACAACAUUCCCCGAUAUAGACCUCUCAGCGCUGGAUCUGAUUGCGAAGCCAGUUAGCCCCAAGCCGACGACGGAGGCCUCGGAACCCAGCGCACCUGCAAGUUCGGCGAGGUCGGCCGCGUCAUCAUCGUACGUUGCUUCGGCUUCUGCUAGGAAAUCCGAGGAUGAAGGUGAGGCUGAGGAACCCGAAGAGGAGAAAGAAUCGCCAACUGAGGGUGAGAAGAAAUCGUUGAAUGAGCUGAUGAAGGAAUUUGACGACAUGGAUCAGGACUUUGGGCACAUGUCAGUGUCCGGGUUUUGA